AUGGCUACAAGCUACAAAGCUAACGCCACGUGACAUUCCUGCAGGAUCAUGUGAUCGCUCUACGUCCUCCUCGCUGUCGUAAACUUUCCACCAGCAAAUCCCAAACAAACGAACAUGGCGGACUAUGAGGAGCGGCAGAGCCUGCUGGGAGAUCAGGACGAGGGGACCACCGGGAGUCAGACAGCCGGGGGACCCGACCGACCUUUACCGGCCAUCUGUGACCCCCGCCACCUCCUGCACCGAGUGGUAGUCCUGAUCUUCAUGUGCUUCUUAGGAUUCGGAAGCUACUUCUGUUAUGACAACCCCGCUGCACUUCAAACUCAAGUCCUCCAGGAUCUGAGUCUCAACACUGCAAAGUUCAUGCAGCUGUAUGCCUGGUACUCGUGGCCCAAUGUGGUUCUCUGCUUCUUUGGGGGAUUCCUGAUUGACAGGGUUUUUGGCAUCAGGCUGGGAACCAUCAUUUUUUCCCUCUUCGUUUGUGUUGGACAA